UUUGUGGAUGCAACAGACGUGUGGAGCUGGGAGAGCGUGCUACGGAGAUGGAGCCAAGUGUUGGGAGUUUCUUUGAAGGCUGGGAUGCUUCGAAGAAGAAAGACAAGACCAAAGGGAGACAGGAUCAUGUGUCGACAUACGACCGUCACCGUGUGAAGCUGCACCCGCUGCUGGGCGACCCCAACUCCGACUACAUCAACGCCAACUACAUCGAUGUGAGUGGGGACAGGGCCUGUCUCUGGGGGUCUGGGCCUCAACAGGAGCUUCCUGGGGGCUGUCAGGGUCUGUCCAGCAGCAUUUCGAGGAGUUUGGACAGCCCAGGGUGGGCUGGUCUGUGCAUCCCUGAGACACACCAUGAAGGACCUGCCUGAUUUGUUUCUGUUCAUCACCAGUUUCUGCUUGUUGCUCUGUCCCUCCUUUCUCAUUUCCUCUCUCCUCCCUUUCUCCAUCCUUUCUUUCCCUCCUUUCAUGGCUGUGGAUCUCUGUCCUCCCUGGGUGAGGGAUGAAGAGGUUGAGGGGGCCAAGAGACCACCUGAGGCUCACACUGGGGUGCCCCUGAUCCUGCUGGUACCUGUGAGUCUGGGCAGAGCUCAGCCCCAGUGUCCUCUGAGAGUGAUGUUCUUACAAUGUCCCCUGUCACCUCCAUGCUGAGACCGGGGGAGGUGCAGGAAAGCUCCAUCAGGCUCCAGCAUCUCCUGGAAGCAGCAGCAAAUCCAACUCUUCCCUCCUGUCCAGAGGAUGUUGUCCAUCAGUGGUGGCCUGGUGCUGAGAUCCCAGUGCCCGAGCAGCAUCCCUCUGCCUGUCCCCUGUGUCCCUUCUUCCCUGUGUCUCUCUGUGACCUGCUCUGGGUCGUGUGCUCUAACCUCUCUCUCU